AAACAGGCUUUCUGUACCUCCCAGCUGCCUGUGGCCAAUCGAACAAGUUAUUUCACCUGUCCGUAUUCAAAGCGCUGCAUUAGUCCGUACAAUACUUUAUCUCCGUCGACAAACUCAGUCAGAUUUUUCUAAUCCUAAGUUUCUAAAUAGUCACUUUUAAAGAAUUGUGUAUGAAGUGCUUCAGGUAUUUACCCGGAUUUGUAUGGCUCCUGUGGAGUGCUUGUGAUAUUCUGUGAGUCCUUACAAAGAGCGCGAUCUUCACAGAUAUGAAGACAAGCUGUCGGAAAAUAAGUUUUCUUUUAUUCCUCUUAUCUAUUUGCAGGACGGGUCUUUCGGCCGAAAAUGCGGCGCCGGUUUACGUGCCCGAGGGGGCGGAAAAGGCGGAAUCGCAGACGGCGUUGCCCACGGUGACCGUCCGAGGAUUUCUGAACUUUCGCACCACGGUGGACGGAACCGUCAUCGUCUUCACUCCGGCUUCGGAGGCGGCUCGACCCUCGGCUGGCGGGCCCUCGUCCACCUCCGGACCCUCGGUGUCGGCCAACGCCAUCGGGGACUCGGGAGAAGGCUCGGAGGAGGCGGGGGAGAUGGCCUACACCAAGAGCCCCGACUCGCUGGCCUUGUCUAAGAACGGCCAGUUGGACGGGGUCGUCCGGGAAUCUUUCGGACACCUCAACGCCGUCCUGCACUCGGCAGACAACGUCAUUCCGGUCCGAACCCAGACCGAUGCCGGCCACAGCCGGUUCGGGGCCGACGACAUUAAGAGCACCCGCGGGCCGGCGCCCGCCUCGCCCCAGUACCCCACCGGGCUGGUCACAGUCCUGGGAGGGACACACAUCGAGAAUGGAGCCACCACCGUCUUCGAGACCAAAGUGGUGGGCACUUACAUCGACGGCAAGUACGCCCAGAUCCUGCAGAGCACCUCGCGAAUCCUGGGCGGGGCUUCCACCCGCUCCGAUUCACUCUCGGCCAGAAUAAAGCCCACUCCCACUCCCGUGGUCUCCAAGUCCGAGUCCACCGACUCGGCCACUACCAGGUACACUCGGACCACCUCCAAGCCCCAGAACCGCAGAGGGAACGUCAGGAAGGAGCAGGCCUUCUCCUCCCACGCCUCUCUCCGCUCUUCCUUCAAGUUGCCGGACACUUCCAGAUACCGGUCGGCCCAUCCUACUCGCUCCCUGGACGCCUUUCGCGCCGGAUCCUCUUCCUCCGCCGCCGGCUCCAGACCCUCGGCCACCCCGCCCUCAGACGAAGACAAUACCGUCUUCACCCGAAGACCUCCCAACGGCCGACUCAGAUUCGUUCUGCCCAAGAGAAACACCCAAACCGUUCGCUUGAAUCGAUUCAAAGUGAAGUUGACGGUGAGACAAGAUCCGGAUUUAAACGAGCACAACAGUCAAGACGACGAGAGCAUAACGGGAGAAAUUCCAUACGAAGAAGAUCCGUUGAUUUCGGUAGAUCCCGCCCGCGUGGUGUAUCAGAGAACGACGAUCACCAGCGAGGUGACUUUGCACGUGGGACGAAGAAAAUCGGUCAGGACUUUGACCAUAAUCACCACCGUGCCCAAAACGGUCCACCAAUCGGCUUACGUGUCUAACGGCAUACAAGAAAUAUCGCCGGCGCAGAACGGUUUGGCCACCAGCGUGGCGGAAGGCGAAACACCGCCCGUGGUGGUGUCCCGAACCUACACUACCACCGAAAGAACCUGGAGGACUUCGUUACUACCCAUUUUAGACGGGGACUCCACCUCGUUUCACACGGUGACCGAAAGCUUCUUUAUUCUCAAAAUUAUCACCGCCUACAAAACCAUGCCCCCGGGAGAAGUGACCAUUCCCCCCGAAGAAAUAAAUGCGGUACCCACUUUAGACGCUGGAUUCAACGCCCAGACCGGGCUUCUAAACGGAGCCGUGCCUCUGCCGCCUUCUCCGCAGCAACAGCUGUUGCAGACUCCCCUUCCCCAGUCUCCCAUGUUACAGGGUUCAGGAAUCGAUAACUCCUAUCUUCCUUUAGGCGCCAAUUCCGGUACCAUACCCUUGCAGCUGGCCAAUCCGCUGAUUUCUCUGGGCGUGGCCCUGCAGCAGAAUCCCUUGGCCGCCGUCUACCUGGGACUGCAGCAGUUAAAUCGUCAUGUCACGCUGUAUUCGACCAUCACCAAAACGUCCACUUACGUCACGACGGAUACGGUUUACAGUACUAAAGUGGUAAGUUUUUACGACGGAAGGCACACCAGAUCCAGGACGCUGUCGGAGAGUCUUUCGACCACAGAAAGAACGGUGACCAACUACACCACGACGGUGCGGCCGUACCUCAACACUCAAGCCAUCCAACAGCAACAGCAGCUGCAACAGCUGAUCGCCACCCACCUGCCGCCUCCCCUGCCGCCUCCUCCACAGUUUACCACUCUGACUUCCACUUACACCACGGUGACCACAGCCACCAGUUACAGCACCAGAGUAUACACGCUGACUUACAACGCUUUCAGUACCAAAUUUCGCACGGUGACCAGCUCCAGCGUGUACGAGACCACAGUCACCACCACCAGCACCACGGAAGUACCCCUGCAACCCACGGCACCGCCGGCCGCCUAUCCGUACUUCGGCUGAAGGUCCGCCGGCCAGCCAGACUCAGCACCAACUCAGGAAAAGUAUAGCGUCGAGGCUCGGACGAAAGCCCAAACUUCGUCGAAGUCCAGAUAUGCGUCACAUGCGAUAUACACAAUACACUUCUGUUUCCGUGCCGACGACUGCCGAACAUCCAAUCGUCGUUUAGUGAAGUGGCGAAGGAAGACACCGGUCGUUUCUCUCCCGUUAACAUUAUCGCCCUUUUAAUAUAUAACGUCCGUCGCAUGGUCUCUAUUCAAAGUAUCGAUGACGUAAUAUUUUUAAUUUAUUACUUUUACCACGUCAUUUCACACUAUAAUUCCAACGCUUUGUCCAAAUCGUAUAAAUACGCUUCGUGAAAAUGGUUAUUAACCAAAGUAAGAUUUUUAUGCAGAUUUCAAACUACGAAAUAAUUUAAGUUAUAAGAAUAUAUACUGUAUACAUAUAAACAUUUCUUACCACUCCAGUUCGCGUAAUUUCAAACUUUCGGAGCGAUAUCUUUUGUUCUCGCCCACGUAAAUAGGAUAACGAGAAUUUAUUUUAUACUGCAAAAUUCUAGAAUUAAUCGUCGUCGAGAAUUAGAAAAGCAGCAAUUUUUUACGCACUCGAGAAGACCGAUAAUUCUUAUCGAUCUUAGCCAUUGCCGUAGAAACGAUAAGAGAAGUCUCCUCAUAACUGUUUUAUCCGGAAAUAACUUCAAAAUGUUAAUUAACGUAUUCAAAAUGACGUCGAUCUUUCCGAAUUAUACGCCGUUCCAUAUUUCUGAUUUUUCCCGUGGUUUGGCCGGAACUGUACUCGUUUUUAAUGUGAAUAAUACGUUAUCAAUCUCGCCUACGGUAAGCUGACAGUUAAAUGUCGUAUCGUUUGUUUCGGGUCGACUUUUAAGAUUAUUAUUUUUUUUAUAUCUCCUCCGUAAUCGAAGGCGAUAAAGGUUUUCUCCCGAAGGAAUAGGCAGAUUUCGCAGUGAAAUAUUACAUUUUAUUGCCGAUUACAACUGCACUGUUUUUAAAUCGAGAAAGAAUUGAGUGUAAACGUCUCUCCGAUUUCUUCCUUAAUUUUAAUUCUUCGAUGGGUUUUAACGAAAAUGUUAUGGAGUAUAUUCUCUGACUUGGAUGGCCGUUUGUUCGUUUUCGUCCACCGAUUUCCGGCUGAGGAAAGUGGUGGCGCAGGAAUCGAGUUGGGGCGACAUUUUUAUUUUGGCCGCAGAUUUUUAAAAUUAAUAAAACAAAUAAAAUAAAAAUGCCGCUGGAAGCGGAAUCUACCGCAACUGUUUUCCAAAAUAAGAAACCGGCGAAAGA